AUGAUGAUCACGAGGAGGACGACCGGGGCGCGGGAUGUCGAUGCGUGAUUUUAUGACCACGGCCUCUAUGGAGGAGUGUGUGGAGACGUGUUGGGAGAGAAAUGAAACGAGUGGAGAGUUGAGGAGUGAUGGGGAAUUCAAUGUGCAAAGAAUCCUCGAAGCAAGAGGGUGGGGCGAGACGUGAAGACUGCGAGGACCUGAAGGUUUCCUUUUCCCCUCCCUUCCGCGCGCGACCACCGCUGCUGCUGUUUUCAUUCCUUUGCUUUUCUUUCCCGUCUUUGUGUGGUUCCGGACCGCCGUGGCGGGCGUGUUCGUUUUACUGGGGCGAAGCUGGCGUUCAAUCCAUCAUGGGGUUUCUUUUGAUUACAGUCCUCUCGGGAGGAGGGCAGGAAAGGAAGGAAGGCGUUGGUGGAUAUAUGCGUGGUUUGUCUUCGGAGAUUGUCCCUUUUUUAAUUUCUCUGAACAAAGCACUUAUCUUGGGGCGAAAGUCAUUCGUCUCUCUUUCACACCCUCUCUUACUCUUCCUCAUCAUCCCUUUUCACAUUUCUACACCGAUCUCGCCCUGAACCUGCGGUUGUCUGGCACGCUGGGGGGUCGGCGAGUGUAUUACAUGUCCCUUGGUCAUCUCGAUCGAGGAUGACGACGAUGGAGGCAUCGGGGGCGAUGAUUGACGAUGUGUGAAAGGAGAGAUCACUCUCAAGUGAUUCUCGAGGGGACGAAUCAUGAUCAUGCGUUAGCGCAGUCCCUUUGGAUGUUUUGCGAUGUACGAGGGUGGAGGGGCCCAGGAAUGGGGACCUGAGAUAUCAGCAUACAACGUCAAGUGC